CAUAGUCUCAAUAAAAAGUUUUUAAAAAUGCAAAAAAAACCUACUCCUUCAACACAUUUUUUUUAUGCUGUCACUGUGUACCUGAGGGGUUUGGUUUCACCAAGACAGAGACAUCUGCAAGAAACUCUGGAAAGUAGGACAUAAAAGUGAAAGAGUUUUCCUCCUAGAGUGCCCUGUUUGCCAGGAUAUGGAUUCUGCAAUAUUUUGAAAUAUAAAUGGUGGCCAAACAGGGAAGCAAGCUGAACUCAUCAGUGUUUUAGACAAAAAUUUCUGCCACACUAGAAAGGAUGGAGAGAUAGGAGAUCAGCUGUGUUCAAAGAUCUGCCCCUCUGUUGAGGUAAGUAAACCUUGGAGCCCACCUCCCAGCUGCAGUUGGUCAGAGAGCAGCUGCAGAAUGACCCUGCUCUGACUAACCUUAGCCAAGAACAUCCUUGGACCAGGAAAGUGUCCUUAGAUGCAGCUGUCUUCUUAAAGAUGUCCACAUAAUGUCUCAUGGAGAAACUUCCCGUUUCACAGCCAACUUAUUAUAUGUUAGUUUUGUUGAUGCCCUUUGGCCAAAGACCACAGGAAUACCUAUAGACGAAUGAGUUGGGUUUGUUACUCAUUAUAGCAGGGGACAACAUACACCAGGAGAGAACCUUGGGAUGUCUCAGUAAGACAGUGUUACAAGGAACCUAUUAUAGGACUGGUGCUUUGGUUGAGUGAUCUUGGAGAGAAUCUGAGAAGAUGAUUUGCUCCAAAUUGGAUGUUGUCAAAGCAAGGACAAUUCUAUGAGUAGGUAUUUCAACAAAUCUAUCUAUAGAGAGGACAGACAAAAAAGGAGAGUAAAGCUGUAAUUGGCUUUUUUUUAAAAAGUAGAAGUCAUUCAUUUUAGCCAAGACAGGAAAAUAUUUGAUAUUGUAUGGGUGGCACAGUGACUUUGUUUUUUCUGUGCUUAGACAAAAUUAUGAAGUAGCCUUGUUUUGUCCUGUUUUAUCAUGGUCUCUUAGUAACCUUGACUGAAGUUGUAUUUUGUUGGAUGGUUUAUGUCCAAUAACAGAAUAGCACGGUAUAGCUGAGAGUGUCAGGUCAGCUUGCAAUAACUGAGGUCUGGUUGUGAAUGUCAGAUCAGUUAUGGCCAUCUGGGGCUGCUUUUAUCCCCUUCAGGCUUGUAAGAUUUUUCAUUGGCCACGUGGUAGGCACACUUAGGGGAGCAAGAGACAGACUUAUUGGUUGAUUAAUUAAUCAAACAAUCAAUUGAUUUGUUAAGAUUUCAUUAUACCUGAGAGAGUUUUAAAGCAAAGAAAAGAUAUUAUUUCAACUAGCACAGAAAAAAAAGCCAACAGAAAUUAAGGCAGGUCCCGAGGGAAGUGAAUAACAAGCAUAUAAAUAGAUGUCUCUUGACACUGUUUUCCUGUUAGAAGCAGUAAACAGAUCCUCAGGAUCAGGAAAAAACAGGGCUUACUCCACGGCAGGCUCUGUUUAUAACCCCUCCAUCUCUCAGCAAAUACAAAGAUCCUCAUCACAACCAUUUGCACCUCUUUUCUUCUCUCUGGUUAUCGCCAAGACUAUGUCUCUUCUCUAAGAAAAUAAAAAAAAUAAACUUUUGAGAAGCUUCAGUUUGGAAUUCCUUUGCUGAUGCAGGUAUUAAGAUUAUAUACUGUUUAGAAGAGUAAAGAAUCAUAAUCUGCCAGCUUUUACUCACAGCUCUCUUCGAAGUUGCUAUAGCCAUACACAUACAACUAAUAUCUCUUAAGCUCUUACUGGUGAGGCAAUGGUCGAGGUAUUUACAGAAAUUUGUCUCAUUCAGUAAUCUUUAUAAUAGCCCUUUAAAGAAGGCAUAAUUAUGCCCAUUUAAUAGCUAGGGAAAUUGAGAAUUAAUUUCCUAUAACUAGUAAAAGAAGCUUUUGACUCUAAAUCCAAUGCUUUUCUGGUAUACACAGCUGCCUACCACUCAUCCCAAUCUGGAAAAUUAUCCUUACUUUUAAGUACUUUCCAGGAACAGAUUACCCAAUGUGACAGAUGUGGCAGCCCCUCGCUGAAACUAUACAAUGUUUGUAAAUCAGGGAACUGGGUUGUCACGAGACGUCUCUGGACUGGCUGUGGACAGAGGGCCAACAAAUGGAGGUACCAAACUUCUACUGUACUGAGCUUUGAGGGAAAAUUAAAAUAUCAGGGAAUGUCUUCCUCACACUGUGUAUGGCACAGCCUGGUUCCCUCAGCCAUAGUCUAUCUCAGCCUCUCCAGGGUUGAUUAAUUUAACAGGUAAACCAAAAAAAGUUGAUUGUUGUCAAUUAACUCGGUCCAAGCAGCCUGGGUACACAAACACAGAAAUCGUUAUACCAAUGUUCACAGCGCCCUCUGCAGCCGAUGCAGGGUGAAUCCAGCAGCCUUUCUUUUCUUUUCUCUCUCUCUCUUUUUUUUUUUUUUUUUGACAGCUCCAGCUCAGACUUGUGGAGAUAAACUUCAUAGUUUCUUCCGUACAGAGGAGCUAAGUAAUAAAAGGUGAGUGACAGUACAGUCUGGUUAAAUAUAUUAGAUUAAGCAUAAAAUUGUGGUGGUCAUUUCUGUUAUCUAGAACACCUUCCUGUUUUCUACAACAGCUUUGUGAAACUUCCAGACAGAAUUGCUCUGAGAGUGAACGGUUUUGUUCAGAAAUCUAUAAUGGUAGGUUUUUCCAUUUUUAAAGAGUGCUCUGCAGCUACUUGGAAAAUGGAGGGUUUAGUUACAAAAGUAGAAGUGAGGAGCUCUGUUAGGAUGGUGCUGCAGAAGUCCAAGGAAGAAAGUAUGAAAAUUUGAACUUGGGAGAUGAGAGGGAAGACAAAGGAAAGAUAUGAGCUGUAUUUCAGAAACAGAAGCAUCUUGCUAAUGAAUUGGAUGUGAGGCAUAAAAGAAAAGAAGACAUGUAACAUUAAAAUAGACUAGACCAGGAAAAGUAAGUUCUUGAACAUUAACUAAGUCAUUCAAAGCGCAGAAAAUAUUUUGAGAAAAUGAACAAAGUGAUUAUCACAAAAAAUAACCUUUCAGAAAUAUCCUGCAAAACACUUUAAUUAAAAAUGCCCCAACCACAAUUAGUAACAAAUUAUUUUGACCUAUUGAAAACUCAGCGACUUUUUUCUAAGUUGGUAUUACACCUGUAGGCCUAUAAAGGACGUUUUUUAACUUCAUGGAAUUUAAAGUCCAAAAGCGACCUUUACAUGUCAUAGCAAAUUUUCUUUUGAGUCACUCCUUCCAUUCACCAGCAGUUAAUGUAUUCUCAUGGCUCCAACAUUUGUUAACAGCCCCUUUCAAAGAACAGGGCAUUUGGAAAAGUGAUGGCUUCAGAAACGACCACAUUCUGAAUAUUUUCAUCCUGAAUGAGAACAGUGCAUGUAAAGUAAUGCAAACAUAUAUUAGAUAUUUAAUGUCUGGUUUAAGUUUACCUACAAAUGAUGACUAUAUAGUAUCUGAAAUUUAGUCUCAGUCCUUAGUCACACAUCCUUAAAAUCAGAGAGGAAAGGGUAUUCAUAAGUUUAUGGUACAAGAACAAGAAUCUAUACCUUCCACAGCUGAGGCACUAAAAGACCAGAGGUAAUAUAAGUUAAGACAUAAACUAUCAGGAUCUUGGGAAAUUUUCUUGACCACAUGAGUCCCCCAGGUCAUGAAAAUCAGAUAAAAUCCAGAACUAGAUCUAUCUCAGAGAGGGAAGCUUUCAUACACAUUUUAUAAGCUCCAAAAUAUUAAUCAGUUUGCUAGUCCCCCAUCACAAACUUUCUUCCUCUCCAAAAACAAAACAAAAAUAUAUUGUAAUCAACCACCUUUUCCCUGACACCUUCUGCCUUUUAUCCAUGGAUGUCUUACUGUUUUUGAAUAUUCCAAAUAGAAUAUUUGAAUAUUCCAAAUAGAACAUUUGAAUAUUCCAAAUGGAACAUUGUCAGACUCCUUGGAUAAUUAUGCCAACUCUCAAAAAUAAGAUCAUUGCUUGAUUGAUUGAUGCUGUAUUCCAGAUAAUGGAAAAUACAUAUUUUUUUGUGUUCCUUAUGCAUACCUUAUUUACAGAGCCCACAAUAACCAAGUACAAGAUCUGAGUGCAGGAUCAUUUAACAAAGAUUUCUGUCUGUUUUUUUCAACCCAGAAAAACAUAAAGCCAUUAUGCAAAUAUAUAACCGUCCAAAGUCAUUCUGCCUUGAGAUGCUCCCAAGGAGUUACUGGGAGAGGGAGCAAAAUUUUAAAGUUUUCCCUGCUUUUCAACUUUCCAGCUACAUCUACCUUAACAUAAGAUCAAUAAUAUCAGGUUGCAGAGUUUAUAUAACUGGAAAGGAAACAAUGGAUUUUGCAGAGUCAUAUUCCCAACACAGACAAUCAAGGACUUGUUUCAACAAGAGCAGAUUAAUGCUGAUCCUAUCCCUAGGCUGGAUCUGCCAUGGAUGGCUGGGGAACUGUAUUAACAGAAGUGAGCUGCAGCUAUUUCCUGCAAUUAAUUUGAAUGUUUUACUCCUCACAUUGGUAGAUUGCAUUACCAAACAGAAUCCACAAAGGAGUUAACCACCUCAAAAGAGAAAAGUGAUUCUGGUUUUCCCAAGUGUCUCUUCUUCCAGAGCCACACAAUCUAAGUCAGCUUUGCCCACAAGUGGCUCUGUUGAUGUGCUCUCCUUCUGGUAACUGAAAAAGUGUAUUUAUUCAUUCAUUUUAUAAAUAUUUAUUAAAAUCUAUGGAAUUACAAAGCAUUAUGCUAAUUCCCAAUCACUUCUGGUAAAGUAACUGAGAUAAAUUGUUUUCAAGUCUAUGAUGAAGUUCUGUUUGAAACUUCUUGCUCAGGAAGAUGCUCCUGAGUGAGCCACUUCAAAGAAUUCUCUCUUGGGAGAGUCAUAUAGGAAAGUAGGAAAUACAGUGAAGAAACAUCUUGUUUAAAUCACAAGGCUGAUCAUGACUCAAAGCUCAUAUAACAUGCAUAAUGAACUUCACAGAAGUGGCUGUAAAUUACUUCAUGCAUUAAAAUGUUCUCCUAAACUAAAUUUGGGGACAGUUUUCUUUUUCAUUUCCAGAAUACUCUCUCUUGAGAGCAGAGUAGUUCUGAUAUAACCACCUACUCUGAAAAAAAGUACUGCCAAGGAGAACACUGCCUAGUUUGAUAUUACCAGAAGGAAAAAAAUAAAAAGAGCUGCUGGUAAAACGCAGUCUACAUAUCAUUCCCCAGGCUCUGACAAAUAAAGACCUUAACAUUAAAAAAGAAUGCUGUCAAUCAGAGCUCUCAUAUAUCAUCAGUGGGAAUAAAAAAUAGUGCAAUAGUCAUGGAACACUGUUUAGCUUAAUCUACUGAAGUUGAAGAUACACACACCCUAUGAUCCAGCCUACAGAUACUCACGCACGUGUGAACCAAGAUAAAUAAACAAUACGUUCAUAGUAGCAUUACUCCUGAUUGCCCCAAACCAGAAAUAACCAAGAUACUCAUCUAUAGUAGAAUACUUAAAAAAGUACUGGUUUAUUCAUAGAAUGUAAUAGCAUAGAGUGCAGUAAAAAUGGACAAGCUACAGAUCCAUGCAACAACAUGAAUUUCACAAACUUACUAUUGAACAAAAGAAGCCAUCCAAAAGUACUACAUAUAACAUGAUUUCAUUUAUAUAAAGCACAAAAACAAAACUAAAUACUUUUUUUAGGAAUGCAUACUUUGUUAUUAAAAUAAAGAAAAUAAGAGUUGAUUACCACAAGAAAAGGAGAAUGUUAAAACUGGAGGGUCAGAGAGAGGUAGAGGAUAGUGAUUGGGAUGGAGCAUGAGGGAAAGUUCUAGGAUGCAAGUGAUAUUGUAUUUCUUGACUUCAGUGGGAGUUACAGUGGAGUUUUAUUUAUAAUGAUUUCAUAAGCUGUAUGUUCUAUAUUAAGCAUUUUUCCAUACAUUUCUCAACAAAGGAAUGUCUCUGCCUAUCCACUGAUAUUCACUAACUUCUAGUGUUUUUACAGUCCAACAACUAACCCAGGACAGCAUUGUAGGAUCAGACAAAAAUAGUAACUAUUGAUAUAUAAGUGUUUAUUGCAUUCCCCAGGUUGGCUUCAAUACAUAUCAGGGUUCCCAUCUGUCUUCACAUAGUCGUUCAAUAAUUUGAUGGUGUUUUUACAGCUCAUAGAUCCAUGAAAAUCUCCAACACUCCCAAUAAUUCCAGCACCAUCACUGGCUUCAUCCUCCUGGGCUUCCCUUGCCCCAGGGAGGGGCAGAUCCUCCUCUUUGUGCUCUUCUCUGUUGUCUACCUCCUGACCCUCAUGGGCAAUGGUUCCAUCAUCUGUGCUGUGCGCUGGGAUCAGAGACUCCACACCCCCAUGUACAUCCUGCUCGCCAACUUCUCCUUCCUGGAGAUCUGCUACGUCACCUCCACUGUCCCCAACAUGUUGGCCAACUUCCUCUCUGACACCAAGGUGAUCUCCUUCUCGGGGUGCUUUCUCCAGUUCUACUUUUUCUUCUCCUUGGGUUCUACAGAAUGCUUUUUCUUGGCUAUUAUGGCAUUUGAUCGAUACCUUGCCAUCUGCUGGCCUCUCCAUUACCCCAUUCUUAUGACUAGAUGUCUCUGCACCAAUCUCGUGGUCAGCUGCUGGAUACUUGAUUUUCUCUGGUUUCUGAUUCCUAUCAUUGUUAUUUCCCAAAUAUCUUUCUGUGGAUCCAGGAUCAUUGACCACUUCCUGUGUGAUCCAGGUCCUCUGUUGGCCCUCACCUGUACCAGAGCCGCUGCAAUAGAGUUAACUAGCUCCAUCUUAAGUUCUCUGCUCUUAUUUGUUCCCUUUCUCUUCAUCAUGGUGUCCUAUGCUCUGGUCCUGACAGCUGUGUUGAGGGUCCCUUCAGCAGCUGGGAGAAGAAAGGCUUUCUCCACCUGUGGGUCUCAUCUGGCUGUGGUUUCUCUUUUUUAUGGCUCAGUGAUGGUCAUGUAUGUGAGCCCGACAUCUGAGCAUGAAGCUGGAAUGCAGAAGAUAGUGACUCUGUUUUAUUCUGUAGUUACUCCACUCCUUAACCCUGUGAUAUACAGUCUGAGGAACAAAGAUAUGAAACAUUCUAUGAAGAAAUUAUUGAGAACAUAAAAGUAAGAGUCUUGGUUUAAAAGAUUUUAGGGGGCAGAAUCUGUUUUUAAUUUCAUGGCUAAAAAGGAAACUGACAUCAUUUAGAAAAUUGUUCAUAUUUUUUUGAACUUUACACACCAUAGUGAUUUUUUUUAUCUCAUAGAACUUAUAGGGUUAUACAGGAUCUCAAAAAGAUGCAUCUCCCUAAUUUUACAAAUCAUAGAGCUAUAGAUUGAAAAACUGAGUUGAGUUUGUUCGUGAAAUAUAAUUAAAAACAAAUCUCCUGCCAACUCAGAAAAUCUCUCUAUUUGUAGUUGCCCUUACAAAUUACACGAAGUUAUAACCGUAGGGAAAAACUUAAAGUUUUCUUUUACUCUUCAACAGCAACAAAUUGUCUUUGCUCUUCUAGUUGAGCUUUGUCCUCCAAAACAUCUGUCAUGGUAGCAUCAAUUAUAGACAAAAAGAUUAAUAUAUUUGAGAGGGAUAUGUA